ACAUCCGUUAUUUUUAAAUUCGACAGCCAUAUGCGAUAUAAUCUGUACAGUUUUGGAAGUGUAGAAAAGUGAAUUUACGGUGUGAUAGCAAAAACCAAACUAAUCGUAUCGAUAAAUAUUCCAAGUUGUGAUUCAAUACCAAUAAAAAUAAAAAAUGCCUGAAAUUUACUACUCUGGUAAAUACUACGACGAUGAAUAUGAGUACAGACACGUUGUGCUUCCCAAAGAACUAGAAAAAAAAGUACCGACAACUCAUUUAAUGUCCGAACAAGAAUGGAGAGAACUUGGUGUUCAACAAAGCAGAGGCUGGGUACAUUACAUGAGACACGAUCCAGAGCCACAUAUUCUACUAUUUAAGAGAAAAAUAACCAGCCCGCCUCCAGACUCAAAUAAUUGAUGUUUCCGUAAGCUUCUACGUCCUUCUAUCUAUCAACAUCAUUUCAAUGAUUAUUGUCAAUAAAAUUUCAGAAGAGCUUAUUUAAUUUAAUAAGUGUAACAAACUACAUACACUUCUAUCAUGAUAGUUUCUCUCAAUUAUAUAAUGAGGCUUCACUUGAAAUUAAAUCAUCGUUUUCCAAUAUCAACAAUCAUAAUUCUUCAUAGUUACAUAUCUGUAAAAUUACUUCAUUCAUCCUUCGUUGAUUUAAUAUGAGCUCUUCUGAUUUUUUUCUUUGUAUACUUCAAUCUGUCAUUCCGGAAAUGUCAAUGAAGUCUUGUAAAUAUUCUUAAUGUUUCUAGUAACGUAUGAUAAGAUUUUUAACUAAAGAUCAAAACUGUUUUUAAAAGAUUGUUUUGAGAAAAUAAAGUGGAGCCUACCAUCUAGAUUCAAAUUUAUACCAA